CCCAGCUCGUUCGUCCGUGAAGGUCGUCUGCAGACGCAGAGGGUCCGAGGGUCGACGGCGCAUGCGCGCUACUUGCCGCUGUCGUCAUUCAGUCGAUCUGUAGCCGCGCUCCGACACUGGCCCGCGUUAUAGCCAAAAACAAAGCCGGCACGGGCCGAAAUAAAAAAAAAAAUACUAUAAAAAUUAAAAAAAAAUUACAACCGGCCAGUGAAUUGUUUUGGCAUAAAAAGUGAUUACAGUGUACUGUGAUCAGCUCGAUCACCAAAUUGCAUGGCAUCGCAUUUCCCGAACACAUUUAGGUAGCAAAUGGACUGCCUAAUGCCCGUGGAGUAGCUGCAUACAAGUAAUGUUCAAAGCAACAGUAAUCUUGUAAAACAGAAAAACAAAUCUAAAAUGGCCACCGAAACGCAAGAGUACCUGAAUGGCAUGAGACCCGGCCCUCUCACCAGGGAGAUUCCUGAGUGCAUGCGAGAGAAAUACACUGUAUUGCAAUCAGUAUUUGAUAUUAUAGUGUUCGUUAUUAUUGGCAUAGGGAAUAUAAUAAAGGCUAUAUAUCGGAGCAUAGUCGGUCAACGCAAGAGGGACUUGAAAGGAGGAAUUGCACUCGUCACGGGUGGCGGAGGAGGUCUGGGAAGCCUCAUAGCGCUACGCCUUUCCAGGCUCGGAUGCACAAUAGUGUUAUGGGACAUAAAUGAACAAGGGUUGGAAGACACGGUGAAGCUAGUGAAGGGCAUUGGCGGUCGGUGUCACGGCUACGUGGUGAACCUGGCCAACCGGGAAGACAUCUACAGGAUGGCCAAGCGAGUGGAGCAAGAAGUGGGCAGGGUCUCUUUGCUGAUCAACAAUGCUGGAGUGGUGUCAGGGCAGUACCUGUUGGAAACACCGGACCACCUCAUACAGAGAACCUUUGACGUCAAUGUACUUGCACAUUUCUGGACUGUGAAAGCCUUCCUACCGGCCAUGAUAGACCACAACGACGGUCACAUAGUGACCAUUGCGUCCAUGGCUGGUCACAUCGGAGUGGCCAAACUGGUGGACUACUGCUCCUCAAAGGCUGCAGCUUGUGGCUUCGACGAGUCUCUAAGGAUGGAGUUGGACGCUAGAGGAGUGAAGGGUGUUUCUACAUCACUCAUCUGCCCCUUCUUUAUAAGGUCCACCGGCAUGUUUGAAGAUGUUAAUGCAAGAUUGGUCCCGCAAUUGAACUCCAACGAUGUAGCAGACCGCGUGGUGCUCGCCAUCCGAACCAACGAGCCCAUAGCUCUCAUUCCAGGACUCUUCAGAAUCCUGUUGCCCAUGAGAUGGAUAUUCCCAUGGAAAGUGAUCGCAGAUUUCGUCCGCGUGAUCGUCCCGGACGCGGCGCCGAGCGCGCCGCCGGGCGCGGCGGGCGCGGCGCGGGCCGCCAGCGCGCGCGCGCCGCCGCGGCCGCCCGCCAAGGGGGACGCGCGGCCCGUGUCGCUCGUCCCGCCCGACCGACCCGACAGACGAGUCUGAUUCAUUAUCAUAUGGACUCAAGUGACAAUAAGGCCACUCUAUGCUAUACUUAUACGUAUAACUAUGAGUGAGCGAUCGAUCAAUACAGUUUUCAAUAAGGGCUCUGACAGAUGGACGACCGUUUAUUUAUUGCGGCUAUCGAAGGUCAAAUUAAAAUGACUUUAUGAAAUUUAAUUGUAAACGCGUGUUUAUAUUAAUCUUUAAGUAUGUAUUGAAUUUGAAUUUCUUUCGAUUUUAUUGUAGUAACAGCAGGUCACGGGAAUUAAACAUUUCCUUCACAUUACGUGGUACUUAGUAACGUGCAACAUAUCUGUAGGCACUUCAGUACGCAUUUGCUCGUGUGUAAGAGCCUUAUUGUACUUGAAUAUGCUGUGGUUGUGGUUAGUUCAUAGCAUUUUUGGACUUUUACCUGGGUGACCUCAUCACCUGAAUAUUGUGAUUUGCCAGAUUAGUACGUAAAAAAAUAUUUUGUUAAUUAGAAAUUAUAACAGAAAAUAAAAUGCGGCCUUAAUCCAUUUAAGGCCCAAAGCUUUUCCUGUGCGCUAAUGAUAAGAAAUGGGCCUUGGAAUUCAAACGUUUUUGUAGUCAUUCACUAACCAAAGUGAUACAAAAAAAAUAUAUUGUAUAAAUAUGUAAUCCAAUAAAAUAUAUAUCACGUCAUAGCGAUUGUUAAGAAAUUACAAAAUUUAUUUUAUUUAAUUUUAAGCUAGAUUAAUGUCAUAUUACAAUGACAAUUAUCUGUGGUAUUUAGUCAAUAUUAAGGUAAAAGUAAUAUGUAAACAUAUAAAGGAUAUUCGUAGUAGUAGACAAAUGUUAUUUUUUACUACAUGUUGUAAAUGGCUCCGAGUAAAAGAAAAAUUAAAUUUCAUCGUUAAGUACUUACGUGAAAUGACGUUUGUAUGAAAAAUUGAACAUUAUAUUUUUAAAGGCACAUCUAGGUCUGCUGCAUUCAAUUGUCAAUAUUUAAAUAUAACAAAAUGAACAGCAGCUUUGUUACUGUACAUUAUAUUGCAUACUUCGAGUUAACGAACUUUACAGAUCCCUUUUCUCAUUUCAUUAGUUGAACUUUAGUAUUUUAUAGUCACACGGUUAAAGGAAAUAAAAUUUACAUUAAAAUCACAAGUAAAUCAUUAAGUAAAAAUUAACGUGAUAUAAGCUCAUCAAUGUAAUUAUUGAGAUCUGGUGAAGUGUUGCCAUUCUGCUCAAAUUACCGAUAAGUAUGUAAAUAUAGUCGUUAUACAUCUUACAUCUAUUUUAUAUGUAUACAAUUUCAAAUGUGUUAUUGGUCUUCCUAUAUUGGGUAAUUGUUUGGCGGUUAAGUUUGAAUUAUUCUGAAGUUUCAUAAUAAUGUUGUCGACGCAGGGGUAAAUAAAUUUUUGUAUAGGUACUUAUAAAGAAGUUACCAAUUCAAAUAGUGUUAAAUAAUAAUAUUUAAAGAUAACCUGGACAUAAUGUUACAUUUAAUAAAUCAUCAUUAAGGCUAAGACCCAGGGUAAUACUAAUAUUAUUACGAUAAUAUUAUUGCAUAUUUUGAUAAAGUCGGUUAUGUUAAUAUUAAUGUACACAUUUUAUAGGACUAUGUAUAGUAAAAAGGUACUUACUCAUUUUGUCAAAUAUAUUUUGGAUAUAUGUUCAUGCGCAACAAACACAUGUUAA